GUUUUGUAAAUUUUCUUCUCAAUUUUUGUUUCACAUCUUAUGUCUGAAGUUCGGCAGCGAAAAAGUUCGAUUAUCGACAGUGAUUUGGACUUUUCCGAUUCAGAUGGAGAAUUCAAAGAAAUCAUUAAAGACAUUGAAAAUGAUCAAUGGAAAGAUAAACCAGUCGAUGAAACGAGAUGGUCAAAAACAAAAAGUGCUGUACACGAGUGGGGAUUGUCUUGUUCGUGGCAUGGAAUCCCUCACAUGGCUCAAUCUCUUUCAUGGCCAACGAUCCUUCUCUGGACAACCUUGCUCAUUAUCAGCGCCGUUUUGUUCGUCUACCUUAUCACCGUCACCGUUCGCCAAUACUUUUCGUUUCAAAAAUUGGUGAAUCUGAAUAUUGGAAUGGUAGAGUCGAACUUCCCAUCAAUCACAUUCUGUAAUACAAAUCCAUAUAAAUUGAGUGCAGUUCGAGCGAUUCCUGAGCUGGAAGCCUUGCUCACCGUCUACUCACAAGCCUAUACAUGAUAAAACUUUGGAUUUUUAUUUUUCUGCAUUUUCAAAUAAAGUCAUA